AUUUCCUUAUUAGGCUGCUUGUGGCCUGUAAUCAGGAUUGCCCUCAGUGAUUUUAUGCUGUGCCGAGCAGGGUUGCUGGGAGCGGAGGGAACAAUUUGAGUUUAAGAAAGUGGACAUUUACUUGCAAAGGAGUGUGCCUGUUGAAAUCAUAAAGCGAAGAAACUUUAAUGGUAUCUAGUCGUGGGGAAUUACCAGGCUCUCGGCUAUCUGGGUGUUUCCAUCAGCAGAAUUUAUCCUGAAGAACAGAAAUGCACUAAGCAAGAGUUUGAAGAAAUCUUAUAACGAACAAGCAUUCCAACUCUCAGAAUCCUAUGUCUACAACUGAGAUAGUAAAGGAAAAAAAUCCCAUGUACUGAAUGUGGGAAAUGUUUUAGAUAUUAUUCAAAAGUUAAUUUCAGGACUUGCACAUGAGCAACAACCUUUCUAAUGUUUUAAAUUUGAGAAUUGUUUUACCCAACACUCAGCACUUAUUAGGCUUUAAAGAAUUCACACAGCAGAAAUGUUCUCUUGUUCUGAAUGUGGGAAAUGCUUUAGCCAAAAUACAAACCUUGUUACACAUAAAAAAACUCACAAACGAGAGAAGCCGUUCUUGUGUUCUGGAUGUGGGAAAUGUUUUAGCCACCAUUGCAAACUUGUUGAACAUAAGAGAAUUCACACAGGAGAAAAGCCAUUCUCCUGUUCUGAAUGUGGUAAAUGUUUUAGGCAGAAUAAAUACCUUGGUAUACAUCAGAGAACUCACACAGGAGAGAAGCCAUUCUUAUGUUCUGAAUGUGGGAAAUGUUUCCGGCACAAUACACACCUUCUUAUACAUCAGAGAACUCACACAGGAGAGAAGCCUUUCUCAUGUUCUGAAUGUGGGAAAUGUUUUAGCCAGCAUAUAAAACUUGUUGAACAUCAGAGAACUCACACAGGAGAGAAGCCUUUCUCAUGUUCUGAAUGUGGGAAAUGUUUUAGCCAGAAUACAUACCUUGUUGUACAUCAGAGAACUCACACAGGAGAGAAACCUUUCCCAUGUUCUGAAUGUGGGAAAUGUUUUGUCACUAAAUCAAAGCUGGUUACACAUCAGAGAAUUCACACAGGAGAGAAGCCAUUCUCAUGUACUGAAUGUGGGAAAUGUUUUACCAGUCACUCGAAUCUUGUGUGCCAUCAUAGAACUCACACAGGAGAGAAGCCGUUCUCAUGUUCUGAAUGUGAGAAAUGUUUUUGCCAGCAUAAAUACCUUGUUGAACAUCAGAGAACGCACACAGGAGAAAAGCCGUUUUCAUGUUCUAAAUGUGGAAAAUGUUAUAGCCAGCAGUCACAUCUUGUUAGACAUCAGAGAACUCACACAAAAUAGAAAUUUUCUGAUGUUGUGAAUGUGUGGAAUUUUAUAGUGAGCUCUAUAGGGUCUUAUGAGGCAUCAGUGGAUUAACAUGGGAAUAAAGUAUCUUGUAUUGAGAAGGUGAGACAUUGUAGAACUGUAAUUAAAAUUUUUCUCCAUCCAGCAUCUCACAUUCUAGCAAAAUUAAUUUCAUGCUGACACAAUAAAUAAUAGCUGUAAAGUAUAUCCGGUGUAAAUGUUGUCUUUUAU